GCUAUUAUCGCGAGAACAUUUCAUGUAAUCUAACUGUCAUGGCAGCCUCCAGAAGCACACACGUAUAAGGCAAUAUAUGCUGAAUUGAUAAGUCUUUAUACUGUUGCGUAAAAUCACCAUGAAUAUCUGCACAUCUGGAAACCAGCUCCUAAGAAAUUUUAGGCUGUGCCUAAAUAACUCCCAUUUACAGAGUUCUUCUUUGUGGGGACUGAAGAACUGCAAGUCACCAAUAAAUCCCUCCACAUUUAAGAAUGUGCACCAGAACCUGGGCUCAACAAGUUACCUAUUUAAUCGUUGCGCAACACGACAGGGAGCAACAGCAAGGUUCUACUCACUGGAUAAAGAGCAGGCACAGGAAUUAAAAUCGACAUCAGGAGAGCAGACUUCAUCAAAUACUGAUAACCCCGUUUUAAAUAAGACUCAGUCCCCACCUCCGUUAUCAUACCGACAACAACAGAAAGAAGCUGGAAGAUACCUUGAACCACUGGCUGAGGAUGCUGAACCGUAUUUACAGGGGGAGAGACAGCGGGAACAGUUUUAUGACCUUCUUAAAAACUGCAAUUCCCCCUAUGAUGUUUUGGACUUGGCUGAGAAUUACUCCCUGACUUGGAGGCGGGUGAGUAACUGCUUAACCAAAAUUUGGGAGACCACCAAGAAGAUGUCAGAUGACCAGAAGCGCUAUGAAAGAAAGCUGAUGUUUGAGCACCCGGUCUUUGAGCAGCUGUGCCAGCAGGCUAUGAAGGACGCGGGGAAGAUGAGAAGUGUUGAUCUGGCCUACAGCUUACUGGCCCUGGUGAAGCUGGGGGUUUCUCAGCGCAGCCGUGUGGUGCAGACGUUACUCAGAGUCAUUCAGGAACACCUAAAUGAUUUUGAUGAGAAGUCUCUGUCUGUACUAGCUAACUGCCUCAAUGACAUGGACAGUGAUAAAAAUGCUGAUGCACUAAAAGCUGGUCUAAGGCUGCUGGUUGAAACUCGGAUCCCAAAGAUAAAAAAUGUUGUUGCUCUGCAGACCAUGAUGCGGUGCAUUGGGAAGGAUGCUCCUGUAUCUCUUAAGAGAAAGCUUGAGUACAAAGCAUUGUCAAUGCUGAGUCAGUUUUCCCUACCCAAUUCCCAGUAUAUGUUUACAACACUGGCAGCUAUGGACUUUAAUUCAAGCACUCUCCUGGAUGCCUGUAGUAGCAAGAUUAUUGAAAAUAUCCAUGGAAUCCCCUUCUGGAGGUUAAUAUAUGUCCUCCAGUCCUCCAAGGACCUGCAGUACCGGAACGCUGCACUAUUCUCUGCCAUUGCUGAAUACGUCAUGUCGACAUUUGAUAUGUGGAGCAACAAACAGAUAGUCCUCUUCCUGGGUCUGUUUUGUGACCUUGGUCUUCGUCAUGCUGGUUUGAUGGACACGUUUGCGGAGAAGGUGACAGAGACCUCGGAAUCACUGACGCUGAGAGAUGUUAUUAAUAUUUUGAAAUCUUACUCCCUGCUUAACCAUCUCCCAAAGAAUCAGAAGCAACAGUUCCUUGAAUCUUUAAGCAGUGUUUUUGAGACAUAUCUUCCUAAGAUCCUCCCUUCAGAACUCCUGAGAGGAGUCUACUACUUCUGCGUUUUGGGAUGCUUUCCACAAUCCUCUCUAGACAAACUCCUUCAGGAAGACAUACUCAAUGAGCUUCUUUUACCAGAUCAGAGGACCCACGGAGCCAAUGAACGAAUACUGCACUACAUUAAUCUCUGCCUAGAGCUGGACCACUCUGCUUCCACCACAGUUGCUACAAUCACUUCUGCCAAACCCUCCUCCUCCUCUCCAAGUAUGACUGUAAACCCCAUAGUACUCAGUGCUUUGAAGCGUUGUCUGGGAGAUGAGGUUUGCCAGCAAGGGGUGCUGUUGCAAAAUGAUUACUUUAUAGAUUUCCAGAUCACAUUGGACAAAGACAGAAAAUUUGUCUUGCAGUCCCAGAGUGAGGAAAAUAGCCAAACUGAAUAUUUCCAAAGAGUGGCUGUCCUUUGUGCCCCAGUUUCUGCGUUCUGUCUUGGUACCACCCACCCCAAAGGCAAGCUGGCUAUGAAGAUGCGGCACCUUACAGGUCUUGGGUAUUCCAUUGUGUUGGUCCCAGCGCAGGAGUUUGAGAAGCUUCAAGAAAAUGAACAAGUCCAGUUUCUGAAAACCCGAAUCUUUGCAGAACCAGAACCUACAUUGGCUGCUAUCAGUCAGGAAACUUGAACAAAUAGUUCACAAAUAGUGGUCAGCGGUCUGCUUGAGGUUUAAAGGUUACGGUAACUAGGAGUCCAGUGGAAUAUCAAAAAAACACGUCUGCUUUGACCUGAUUCAUGUACUCUGUACAGGGCUGCUUGACAGCCGUUUGGUUUUCCAAAACUUGCUGACAUCCUGUUUGGAAAAAAAAAGCUUUUGCUGUUCUGCUUUGAGUAAUUUUCCCCUAUUCACUGUAUAAUCAAAAAUGAAAACAGACUUGCAAAUCUCAUGAUUGGUUUAAAAUGGUUGAACAUCUAAAUCUAAACCAGUCAGGUUACUAUUAUAAUGGACAUACCAAUCCUGUGUUUUGGUAUCAGCUGAACCAUUUUUUAUACUGUUUUUAUACUGUAAAAAAAUAAGCUGCUAUUAAAAACUUAAAAAAACUAAAGAAAUAUACAGUCUUCAUUUUAGUUAUCAAAUGUCUUCUAGCGCAUACAGUACAGUAGAGUCGUUAACCAGAUUGUCAAUUAACUGGGCCACUCCAUGUAUUGAUUUGUAUUGGAUGUUAAUACUACCCCCCCCCCCCAGUAUAAAGGCAAAUGCAAGAUUUAUUCAGUUUAAAGUUUUGCUUUCCUGGCAAGCUGUUGCCCAUCAGUGAGUUGAUUAUAGACCCUGGGAGCACACUAAAAAUAAUUUUUAAAAGUGAUUUUGUGCUUUUCCUGUCUUGGCUUUCUAGAUGUUGUUGGGAAUGUUAUUAUUACAUCUCAGCAGCGUGGAAAUGUAAAUUACAUUAUGGCAAGAUGUACAAAUAGCAGUUAUCUAAAUGACCCGUUAUAUUUGUUUUGCCAUACAAUCAAUAUUAAUAUAAUUGUUUCCUCUCUAAAUACCAAUUGUCACUUUUUAUACUGUUGAAACCACAAAAGAACGUGGCGGUAGUGCACCACUGAUUCAAAUGACUACAGGAAAAUGUGUAAUCAUGAUUAUUUCAUGAACUCGUUUAUCUUUCGCUUGAGACAAUUACUCUGUUUCACAGAUUUUUUUAAUAUUUAAUUAUUUUCAUUCCGAGAAAGUGGUGUUGAAUUUUAACUUUUAACGUCAUGUAAACUCAUGAAGGAAACCUAAUAUGAGUCUUUAUAUCCAGUCGAAGUAAAGGUUAUACCUUACAUUUUUAAGUGUUUUAGGUAUUACGUAGGUAUUCGGUACAGUAUAUUGUGUGAGUGAGAGAAAAGGGAGCAUCCUAGUGAUGCAAAAGGAUAAUAAAAAAAAUAAAAAUAAAUAUUUUAUACUUUUCAGAAAGAUUUAUAAGAGAAAGCUUUUGCCAAGAAACACACUACUGUUGUAAUCGGCUAAAUGAUCACCCUCAAAUCAUGUAUGUAAUUAUUAAGUUAACAAAAUUAUUCACUGUAUGGCAUACAUCGUGGUUGUCAGAAUCCAUAUCCACUUAGAAUAUCUUCUGUUAUCUGUAAACAAGAUUUUAUAAUAUUUAAACAUGUUUGUAUGAACUGUAAGGCACCAUUCGCAGAGGUGCUUUAUGAAAAACACCUUUAUUACUGUUGUUGCUGGGACCCAUUUGAAUCCAGCUCUAAGCACACGUGGCUUUAUCUUUGGGGAGAUUUGGAAGGUGUUCCUUAUUUAAUGUUAAUUUUCUAUCAAGAAAUUAGGAUACAUAUUCCAAAAAGUGAAUCUUUUUGUAAGCAUACCAGAGCUAAAUGAAUUUACUCUAUACAGAAAAACUUUUUUUUUUUUUUUUGGGCAGGGGGGGUAAUAGAAAGAAAAAAGAAAACACCUCAAAGUACUAAAUCAUAUAUAUUUAAAGAAUCCUCAAGAGAGAGUAGUAGUUUUAGUAAAUCACACAAUGGUUUCAACUCCUCUCAUGAACGAUUUCAGAUUGCCACUUUGUAUUUUUCAGUAUUAUGGCACUGUAUGUUCUCGUGUAAAAUCUCACGGCAGCAACUUUUUGGUUUUUUCAAGUUUCAUUAGAGGUGUAGUCCAGUAAAGAUUACUAUUUCACUGCCACGUUGUUUUAACGUCUGGCCAUACCACUGAUUCAGAUCUUUUUAACAUAUCCACUGUACUUCAAGUUUAUAAUCCAUUCGAUCAGAGAUCCUAUUCCCUUUUACAUUAUUGCUCCACUUGAAAACAUUCCAGUUAUUUUUUUUUUUUUUAAUUAUCUUCAACUGCAGGCAGUAGAGGCACCAUUGAAUCAUCUUAGACAUCUCCUGUAGGAAAAUAAUCAGUAACGUGAUGGUAAUAUGAUCAACAUACUACUAACAGCUACUUAAGGUCAACAGUGUACAGUAGGUAUAAACAGAGUAUGUCUGAUUCCAAAUUCUAUGUCAAUUUAAUUGUUCAUUAAAAUAAAGAGAUUUACCUUUUUAAAGGUGACAUUUAGUGAUUUCAAGUCACCACACAGACUUGCCUACUACUUUUACUGUUGUAAAUUACGUAGGUAUUACCGUCUGCUAAGAAAUAAAUAAUAAUAAUAAUAAUAAUAAUAAUAAUAAUAAUAAUAAUAAUAAUAAUAAAUGUCGUCAUACAGUUUGCAGUUUAUCAUGCUUUUAACCAUGUUUAUGUCUUGCAGUUACCACGUUAUAAUGGUUCUUCCAAUGCUUUACCUUGUGUGUCUCUGCUUCAGCAUGCUUUCGCUAUGCUUUUACUGCGGCAGUACAGUAUACAUUUAUAAAGGACACUAUGGGAGUUCAAAUCAAGGACCAGAGUUUGGGGAUUUUGGUCAAGGAAUGAAUGUAUCUUCAGGACAUCACAUUUGAAAAAGUUUUUCACAGUGUAAAUGUCUGGUUUAGAUACAGUACCCAUAUAGACAUGUAUGGCUGGUAUUUUGGGCUAUUUUACAUUUGUCAAAUAAAUAGCUGGGGAAACUCGCAACGGAAACAAGAACUGGUCAAAUAUAUGUAUUGCUCUGUAUUUGUUAUUUUUGUGAAAGGCAAAUUUGUUAUAAAUUACAUUGCAAAAUAAAUGAAUAAAAAGAAAACAGCAUUAUUUUAAUUAAUAAAAUAUGAAUGAAGAACUGGAGGCUGUGUGGUCCAGUGGUUAAAGAAAAGGGCUUGUUCACGGUUCAAAUCCCAUCUCAGCCACUGACUCGUGUGACCCUGAGCAAGUCACUUAACCUCCUUGUGCUGUGUCUUUUGGGUGAGACGUAAUUGUAAGUGACUCUGCAGCUGAUGCAUAGCUCACACACCCUAGUCUCUGUAAGUCGCCUUGGAUAAAGGUGUCUGCUAAAUAAACAAAUAAUAAUAAUAAUGAAUCUUAAAGUGAGUUUUCAGUAAAGCAGUUGUUUCCCUUUGAUUUUUACAAUAUGUGUUAUUCUGCACUGUGUGCUGUGAGCAAUCUAUGCUGUCAAUAGCAUUGACUGUCGUCUUAAGGCAGGAUUUUGUGAGAUGCACAGGCACAUUCCGCUUGUACAAUGUGAACAGGAACAGGUUUCUGGAACUACUCAUUGAGCAGACAGGACUGUUUGGGCCCACCACUUGGGUUGAUAGGGUUUCACCAAAUCAGAUUGUCGAGGUCUCUCUGAUUUGUUAAGUCUCACAAAAUGAUGCCUUUAGUUCAGGUUAAAGUGUGUGAGUGUGUACUUUUACUAAGAGGAAACAAAUCUGAAUGUUCUGAGGAGAUAUACAGGUUGUGCCAGGU